UGACCAGGUGGCGUGCGCGACGGAGGGUCGCUGCGUCCUGCACCACUACGCCUGCGACGGUGAGGACGACUGUGGCGACUGGUCCGACGAACACAACUGUAACGUCACCACCUGCUACCGGGACGACUACAGGUGCGAGUCUGGGAUGUGUAUUGACAUGCGGUGGGUGUGUGAUGGUGUCAGCGACUGUGAGGGUGGCGAGGACGAGGCCAUCUGCCCUCACCCCUCUACGGACAUGCAGCCUGGGAACUGCCCUGCAAACUUCGUGUGGUGCCCCCCUCAGUGCAUCGCACCCGAGUGGAAGUGUGACGGUAAAAACGACUGUCCGGACGGGACGGACGAAGCGGACUGCGAGGUCACCUGUGGUCCGGAACACUACAAGUGCCAGUCCUCCGUCUGUAUCCCCGAGGCCCACCUGUGUGACGGUCACCAGCACUGUCUGCACGGCGAUGAUGAGACUGACUGCAAGAUGACCGUCUGCAACAACCUCUCGUGCACGUACACCUGUAAGGACACGGCCGACACCUGUCUCUGCAAGCCGGGCUACACCCUGGCGGCCGACAACACCACGUGUAUGGACGUGGACGAGUGCUCGCUGUUCCGGCCGUGUUCGCAGCUGUGUGAGAACUCCGAGGGCAGCUUCAGGUGUUCGUGUGUCGUCGGCUACUCCCUCAGACCGGACUCCUUCACCUGUAAGGCUCAGGGGACCCUCCCCAGACUCAUCUUCGCUAACCGGGCUGAUAUUAGAGAGAUUAACAUCGACGGUCGGGGCUACACGAGCGUGGCCAAGGGCCUGCAGAACGCCAUCUCCAUCGACUACCACUACAACCUCUCCCUCAUCUUCUGGACCGAUGUUAGUCUGGACGCCAUCAUGAGGGCCUUCCUCAACGGCUCCGGCGAGAAAGCUAUCGUACGGUGGGGGCUGCGUAUGCCAAGCGGGAUAGCAGUGGACUGGGUCAACGAUCACGUCUACUGGCUAGACAGCGUCACUAGAAGGAUAGAAGUCUCCCAUCUUGACGGGUCUUGUCGCAGGCCGCUGGUGUGGACCAACCUGCAGAAGCCCCGCGCCCUUCUUCUCCACCCUGCUAGGGACCUCCUCGUCUGGACUGAUUGGGGCUCCAACCCAAGGAUCGAGCGGGCCUACCUGGACGGGUCGGAGAGGCAGGUCAUCAUUGGCGAGGGUCUGCACUGGCCUAAUGGCAUCACCAUUGACUAUCCCACGGAGACCCUCUACUGGGUCGAUGCCAAGGAGCAUGUCAUAGAGGCAGCACAGAUUGAUGGCACUAACAGGAGGAAGAUCCUGGAGGGGCUGCCACACCCCUACGCCAUCACCGUCUUCGAGGACUACCUCUACUGGACUGACUGGCACACCCGCUCCAUCCACACGGCCAAUAAGCGCACUGGGCACGGGUACACGGAAAUCCACACCAGGCUUGCCUUCCCCAUGGAUAUCCACAGCAUGCACAGGGAGCGCCAGCCGGUGCCGCUGGCGUCGGAGCGGCGCGGGUGUAGCCUCAAGAACGGCGGGUGUUCUCACCUGUGUCUCCCGGGUCACCACACCUACGCCUGCUACUGCCCCCACGGCUUGCUUCUUCUCGACGACCUCAGAACUUGCAGCCAGCGGCCAGACCGCGCCCUUGUCUUCGCCCAGAGGAACAACCUGCGCAUGAUCUCGCUGGACGGCACGCUGGAGGGCAGCUCCUCGGCAGAUAUGGAGAGCUUGGAGCAGCCGAGGAUGGACACAGUGGUACCCGUCGACGGCGUCAAGUCGGCCGUAGCCCUCGACUUCUACACCCAGGAAGAUCUCAUCUACUGGACAGACAUCGAAGCCAAAACUAUCAGCCGGGCGCACCUGAACGGGUCAGCGCAGGUCACCGUGGUCAGGAACAAUCUAGCUGGGGGUGUGGCGGUGGAUUGGGUGACCGACAAGCUCUACUGGACGGACGCGGGCACAAAGCAUAUCGAAGUUUCCUAUCUGGACGGCUCGAUGCGCUCCCUCCUCAUCUGGCAGCACCUCGACAAGCCCAGGGACAUCGUCGUCGACCCCAAGGAUGGCUACAUGUUCUGGACGGACUGGGGCAAGAAUGCCAAGAUUGAGAGGGCGGCCAUGGGCGGCGGCGGACGGAAGGUGAUCGUCAGCACCAACCUGCAGUGGCCUAACGGCCUGGCCAUCGACCACGGCAGGCGGGUCCUGUACUGGCUCGACGCCUCCAGCAACACUAUUGAGACAGCCAACCUCGACGGUGCCAACAGGAAGCCUCUCAUCAAAGGCGAGCUGUCGCACCCAUUUGGUCUGGCUCUCUGGGAGGACCUGAUCUUCUGGUCGGACUGGGACACCAAGAGCAUCCACCUGGCCAACAAGCUGACGGGAGGAGACCGCCAGGCUGUCGUGAAAGGGUUGAAGGGACUGAUGGACGUGCGGGUGUUCCAACACAACCAGGAGGCCCUUCACACCCCGUGUCAUGACGACAACGGCGGCUGCUCCCACCUUUGUCUCCUCAGCCCCAGACCUGCUGGAUAUACCUGCGCCUGUCCCACAGGCAUACGCCUCAAGAGUGAUCAGCACACGUGUCACUUCACUCCGGAGAAGUCUCUGGUCUUCGCCCGCCGCGAGGACAUCCGCCAGAUGUCUCUGGACACCCCCUACCAGGCCGACGUCAUCCUGCCUCUCAUUGGUCUACAGCACGUCGUCGCCCUCGACAUUGACCCCGUCUCAGGUGACAUCUUUCUACCAGACAGCGCAGCCUCUGUGAUCUACAGAGCCUCUCUUGACGGGGGCAAGAUGACCCGCAUCGUGUACGCUGCCAUCGACAACGUCCAGGGCAUCGCCGUCGACGCCACCGGCAGGAAGAUGUACUGGACGGAUAUGAAGCGCCAGUCUGUGGAGGUGAGCGAGUUGGACGGCGGGAACCGACGGGUGCUGUUCACUGGGCUAGACCGACCUCGAGCCAUCACCACCCACUACCCGUCCGGCAAGCUCUUCUGGACCGACUGGGACGAGAACUACCCGAGGAUCGAAGUCGCGGAUAUGGAUGGUAGCAACAGGCAAGUGCUGGUGGACACCAACGUGGCCUGGCCCAACGGCCUCUCGGUUGACUGGCAAGAAGAGGAGCUGUACUGGACAGACGCCAAGACUAAUGUCAUCCACGCUAUUGGGAUAGAUGGUCGCAACCGUCGCACUGUGGUCACAAACGUGCCUCACCCGUACGGUGUAACUGUCCAGGGGAAGUGGGUCUAUUGGACCGACUGGGAAACAAAGUCCCUCAACAGGACGCAGAAGGAUUCCCGCGGCCGCAUCUACUCCAUGAGGGAAGGCCUCGCUGGGUUGAUGGACAUCAAAGCUCUGCCGGGUCCUCCUGUAGAGGAGAACAAAUGUGGUGACGACAAUGGACGGUGUUCGCAUCUGUGUCUCCGCAUCCCUCUAGGGUAUUCCUGUGCCUGCCCUACUGGCCUCACCAUGAUCAAGAAUGACAAUCACCGGUGUAAGGAGGAGCCCAACAAUUACCUCAUCGUGGCAGCCAAGGGCAUGCUGGCGCGGAUCUCCCUGGACACGGAGCCCUUGUGGGACGUGCCGCUCUACGUCUCCUCCACCAGCCGCCCCAUCGACGUGGACUUCCACAAGAAAAAGAACCUCCUCUUCUACACAGACACCGAUUUGGAAUCUAUUAGGGUGGUGUCCCUGAAGAACCUGUCGCACCCGUGGACCAUCAUCACCCCGGGCUACAUCACCGCCGACGGCCUGGCCCUCGACUGGCUGGCAGACAACAUCUACUGGACGGACACAGGUCACAAGACGGUGGAGGUGGCCAGGCUGGAUGGCUCCUCUCAGAAAACCAUCAUUAACUCCCAACUUCUUGAGCCCAGAGCCAUUGCUCUCUUCCCGAGUGAAGGACUCUUAUUCUGGACGGACUGGGGCAACAACUCCAAGAUCGAGAGGGCGUACCUGGACGGGUCGCAGCGCACCGUGCUGAUUGACCAGGACAUCGGCUGGCCAAAUGGCAUCACCAUCGACUACAAAAUGCGACGGAUCUUCUGGAAUGACGCCAAGUUUGACACCAUCGGCUCGUCGGACCUGAAUGGCGAGAAUCGCGUAGUGUUGUUGCAGCAAGUUUCCCACCCCUUCGGUCUGACGCUGCUGGGUAGCCACAUCUACUGGACGGACUGGGAGACCAUGACCAUCGAACGCGCCGACAAGACUACCGGAAAGAACAGGAAGAUUAUCAGAAAUGGGAUAGAGGGCAUCAUGGAGAUUAAGGCUGUGACCAAGACGUCUCAAGAAGGCUGGAACCAGUGUGUGGACCGUAAUGGAGGCUGCAGCCAUCUCUGCUUCUACCUCCCGAGCGGCCGACGGUGUGCUUGUCCCGACAACACCGACCCCGAGUGUUCGGACCGUCCAUUGUUCAAAGUACCCUCGAAGCCUGACCUCCCAAAGAAGACCCCUAAAAAGCCGGGGGGGACGCCGUCGAGCGAGGACCCGCCAGGGUUGGUGCCCCUGCUGGCGGUGCUGGCGCUGGUGUUCGCGGUGUCGGUGUUGGCUAUGAUGGCCGUCGUCGCCUGGUGGAAGUACAAGAAGCAGACCAAGAUGGUGGAAGGCCCCAAGGGAGGCGCCCUCACUUACACCAACCCCACCUACAGCGCUUCGAACUCCGACGUCAACACCGACCGCAAGCCUUUUACCUGGAGACGACUGCACCACGAAGCCAACCACCAGGGCCGGAUGUUUGAGGAGAAGGGAGAGGUGGCAGCGCUGAUUAGUGAAGGAAGCAGCGUUGAGCAUGAGAGUCCACCGCCCACGCCGCCCACACGCCCAGACCCCGUCACCUAACUACGCCCACGCCGCCCACACCACCAGACCAACCCACCAGUUAGCUCCUCCCACCUCGCAUUGGAUCCACCUCUCUCUCUCUCUCUCCCACCCCCCGUCACUCACUCCCAUGGGAGGGGCUAGCCCCAUACCCUAGCUCACACACCCGCCUUCACCUGUCGUAAAGGGUAACAGAUGCAUUACAGAUGUGUCGCAGGUGUGCGAUGCUUGCAACACCCACACCUGCCUCCUCGCCCUCCACCCUCACCACAGUGACUGCGCCUGCUGGACUACAAAUAGCCCUGCCCCCCACCCACCCACUAAAUAGCUAUAUAUAACCCCAUCACCCCAUACAGGCUACAGGUAGCCCCAGCACCCACUGACCCCCACACAGGCUACAGGUAGCCCCAGCACCCACUGACCCCCACACAGGCUACAGGUAGCCCCAGCACCCACUGACCCCCACACAGGCUACAGGUAGCCCCAGCACCCACUGACCCCCACACAGGCUACAGGUAGCCCCAGCACCCACUGACCCCCACACAGGCUACAGUUAGCCCCAGUACCCAUUGACCCCCUCAUAGGCUACAGGUAGCCCCCAGCACCCACUGACCCACACCAGCUACAGGUAGCCCCAGCACCCACUGACCCCCACACAGGCUACAGGUAGCCCCAGCACCCACUGACCCACACACAGGCUACAGGUAGCCCCCAGCACCCACUGACCCCCCCCCACACAGGCUACAGGUAGCCCCAGCACCCACUGACCCCCCCCCACACAGGCUACAGGUAGCCCCAGCACCCACUGACCCCCACACAGGCUACAGGUAGCCCCAGCACCCACUGACCCACACCAGCUACAGGUAGCCCCAGCACCCACUGACCCCCACACAGGUUACAGGUAGCCCCAGCACCCACUGACCCCCACACAGGUUACAGGUAGCCCCAGCACCCACUGACCCCCACAAGCUACAGGUAGCCCCAGCACCCACUGACCCCCACACAGGCUACAGGUAGCCCCAGCACCCACUGACCCCUACAAGCUACAGGUAGCCCCCAGCACCCACUGACCCACACCAGCUACAGGUAGCCUCGAUCACUCACCACCCCUCACAGAAUACAAACAGUUCCAAGUACCACAGACUACAGUAGACCAGCACUCACCACCCCACACAGACUACAAAGAGACCUAGUAUCACACAGUCUACAGGUAGCCACGUGUAGCCAUCUCGCCAGGAUCCACGCUGCCACCAGUAAAGGACCCGUUCUCGACCAAGUGUUCGUGUGACGAAGUGCUCCACGAGGUGUGUGUGUGUAUAGUCCCUGAUGCUUCUGCUUAGUGUUAACUUGGUCGCUUAGAGCACUGCUGUGUACCCUGUACAGCACUCAGGUACUGAAUUACACCUAUCACUCAUGUCGAAGGGAAAUGGCAUACUUCUACCAAAUAUCUUUCUCUUGGUCAAGUACAACCAGCAACAGCCCCCCUUCCCCCCCCCCCUCUCCCCCGCCUUAAACCUCUCCCCAUACCUUGGCUUGAUGCUUCCCACUACAGCCUGGUCGGUCAGGACCUAACUAUAUAAAGCCGUCUACUACACUUAACGUCUGUCCUCUAAAAUUAUAUUUUGCAGAUCAGAAAGUUGGAUUCUCAUGUAUUUCCGAGGAGUUGCCUACAACAGCUGAUGGUUAUGUUUAUGAAAUGAAGUACCGCGAAUCACGAAUGAUUUGUCUGUCAAGAGGGCAGAGCUUGAGAAGGAAUCGACAGAAGAGCCACCAAUAUUAUUAUUGUUACGGCGAUAGUGGCGAGGUUGCCUCACCUCCCCGACACUUGGACCACAGGUUUCACCUCCGCACAACCCAGCCUGGUAAACUCUGUGUUGAGACAAGUCCUUGCAGACCUUAUGCGUGGCGCUGAAGGAAUACUCUCGUGGGGUCACUUGUAGCUACAUUUCAGUCACUAAUGUUCGGUACAGCAAUCUACUUCUGCUUUUGUAAGCAAAUUUAUACGCAAGUGUGACUUGAAUUAAAUGUAUGAGACGGGAAAACAAAAGAGGCUUUGAAGUACUGGAUGAUUACAAUGAACUGAACUUAAAAAAAAAUAAUAGCAAAUGAUUUUUGUAUCAGUGUUAAGAAAAACCAAGUUAGCCGAGUCUACCAUGAAAGAUAAUUUGUCCUGGACUGAGUCAACGCAUUCAGAACGUUAUCUACCGAUAAGGAUAACACAGAGUCGGAGUGUUAACAGACGAUGUGCUAAUUGAUGACUUCCUCACCGCACGAAAUCACCAACAGCAAUGUUGCCACUUACAGCUCGCCCAGUGUCGUUAGUCAGGAUUCAAGAAAACUUUCAAAACAGAGUAUUUCAGUGACAUGUACGACGUAUAUUGGGGCCGUGAGGUUGUGUUUGGGGGUAAACGUGUAGCAGUCUGGUUCCCUUUCUAAAUAUGACCACAAUUCAACUCUGGAAUUUGUCCUCAACCUGCUUCUACUGAAUUAAGUAUGGUAAAUCCGUAAAUAAUGUCUCAGUUAUUUGUUUUGUAUAUUUUUCGAGACGAUAACUG